CUACUGUCUCUUUAAGAGUCCAGCGCUCGCUCUCAAUGAACACCGCACAGUCGCAUGGAUGUUUUCCUCUUUUUGUGUGUAUUGUAAUGUGUGUGUGCCAGUAGGAGGUGGAUUUGGCGCACCGGGAGGCCGUUCCAGAUUCCGCGCGACCAAUUGGCUGCUCGUGAACUUUGUUUGUCCGCGCACCCCGCUCACGCACGCCACGCACUCAUGAUGUCUCGUGCAAACCAGAAGCACCGGCACGCUCUUGACCUCGCGGAAGAUUAGCGAGAUCUACACACGCAGUCAGCAGCGCACGGCACAGGACGCGUCGCUUGCAGCCAGAAAGAGAGAGAGAGACUAACGGAAACCGGAGAGAUGACGGAGAAACGGAUGUCGCGCUGGUAUUUCGGAGGGAUCGCGUCGUGUGGAGCCGCCUGCUGCACGCACCCGCUGGACCUGGUCAAGGUGCACCUGCAGACGCAGCAGGAGGUGAAGAUGAGGAUGGUUGGCAUGGCGAUGCACGUGGUGAAGAACGACGGUGUGCUGGCGCUCUACAACGGCCUCAGCGCUUCCCUCUGCAGACAGAUGUCAUAUUCUCUCACGCGGUUUGCCAUCUACGAGACGGUCAGAGACAUGAUGGGCAGCAGCAGUCAGGGACCAAUGCCUUUCUAUCAGAAAGUCCUGCUGGGAGCGUUUGGAGGCUUCACCGGCGGUUUCAUCGGGACUCCGGCAGACAUGGUUAACGUUCGGAUGCAGAACGAUAUGAAGCUUCCUGCAGAGCAGAGGAGAAACUAUAAACACGCGCUGGACGGACUCUUCAGGGUCUGGCGGGAAGAGGGAACAAGGAAGCUGUUCUCAGGAGCCACUAUGGCGUCCAGCAGAGGAGCCCUGGUCACUGUCGGACAGCUGGCAUGUUAUGAUCAGGCCAAGCAGCUGGUGUUGGGCACAGGACUCAUGGGAGACAACAUACUCACACACUUCCUGUCCAGCUUCAUCGCUGGAGGUUGUGCGACGUUCCUCUGCCAGCCGCUGGACGUAAUAAAGACUAGAUUAAUGAACUCUAAAGGAGAAUACAGAGGUGUGAUGCACUGCCUGACUGAAACUGCCAGACUGGGACCACUGGCCUUCUACAAGGGUUUAGUUCCGGCCGGGAUCCGCUUGAUUCCUCACACCAUCCUGACAUUCGUCUUUCUGGAGCAGCUGAAGAAAUACUUCGGCAUCGUAGUGAUCAGCUGAAGGAGUCCGUUGAACUUUGACCUCUUGACCUUUGGCCUCCUCUUGAAGCUGCUCUCACUGCUGUAUUCUUUCUGGACUGUCUCUCUCUUUCUCACACUACACACAUAAUAAACGUCAAAAUGCUGCCAGACCAGCACGUCUGUAUAAUAAAGACUUCAUUACUGCCCGAGUGCCAAACCGGGAGGAGGCGGCGAUGGACAACGGGACUUACUAAACUGGAUCUUCUGGGAAUAGACGACUGGAUGCUCAUCCUCAUCUUUUCAGGGUGAGAUUUAGAUGAUAGAUGUUAUCUAUCAGGAUAGGUAUGUUUUUAGAUUGUGAAUGAAUGAUUGAUUAUUAUUUUUUUAAAUGCUGUACGUAAAUUCUUCUAUUGCAGUGUGAUGAGAAGUUUUAAAGGAAUAAUUCACCCAAACAUGAACAUUAUCUCAUCAUUUACUCACCUGCAUGUUGUUCCAAACCUGUUCUUCUUUUGUUUUCUACAUAAUAUGUUCAUGCAGCUCUUUUCCAUUUGAUAAAUAUGAAUUGUUUUGUUAAGGUGAGUAAAUUAUGACUAUAAUAUUUGAGUGAACUAUUUCUUUAUCAAUUGCGCACACACAAAACGGUUUUAAAGGUUGCAUGCAAUCUAUCAACUUUGAUUUAAUGGUACAAAUUCUGUAUUUUCACAAAUCUGUAUUUGACACUGCAUAGACGUGUUGCUGGGUUUGAUUGACAGAUGUUAGGGGUCACAGAAAUAAACCAAGUUUUACUUUUCGUUUUUUGGCCAAAUUGUGAUAUCUGCCUUUAAAAUAUGAUCUGGGCAAUUAUGCUAUGAGGCUAACGUUUUAUAACCAAAAUGUGCAGCAUCAGAGGAAAAGAAAACAAGAAAUGACUGAUGGGGUGAAAGAUGAGUCAAACUUCUGCACUGGAUGCUAUGAUUUCAUUUUUCAUAUUUCUGUUCUGUUUAUCUCUGUUUGUAAUAAUCCUUUAGGAAAAUUUACAAUCAACAUGGAUCCUGCAUCAUUUGUGAUAGAAAUUAGCUACUGUAAUUCCAGCAAAUGAGCUUGUAGUUUUUUUUAUGUCAAGGUAAAGGGGGCAUUUAGUGAAUAAGUUGCACUAAUUACUUGUAGUAAUUCAGUUUUGCGGUUUGAUCCUAAAUUAAUAGAUUUAUCUUAGUGUUUUACAUGAACUAAGCAUAUAACAUCAAAUAUUUAUCACAGAUUUACUUAAUGUUUAAACUUAAUAUUUUAGAUUAAGUUGGUAAACUACCAUAUUGGUACAUGCAAACAGGCAGUUUGAUGAUUUGACACUAAGAAUGAAAUCUGAACACUUGAAUCGUGCACUGGAGAGCCUUAUUUACCCGUGGCCAGCAGAGGGCGCUGUGUCAUGCAGUGAAUGUGAGUGAAUGCACAGAGCUGCUUUUGUGCAUGGAGGGUUUGCAAGUGAGCUUGUGUUUAUCUGGGUACCAACUUUCUUUGUCUACAAAUUUAAUUGUAAUUUAUGGUUUGGAAACGGAGGUGUUUGUUGCUUAAAAAUGUAAUUUAGCUGCUCCCCUGACCUCAAAAAAUGGAAAUAUGCAAACUGAAUGAUUGAUGAAACUGGUCUAAGCUGAAAUUUUGUCCACAAGAAAAAUAUGUGUGGAAAUAAAAGUACUAACACAA